AUGUCAUAAAUAGAUAUUCAAGUCGGCAAGCUUUCAAGUCAAAUUUUCCUAUAAAAACCAUUUUCCCCUACUUUAAAUUUGCUUAGCAUUCCUAAGCCUUAGUUUAAUAUGAAAUCUUUCAGACGUCAGGCUAGUGGAUAAUUAUCACGCAGGUCUAAUUGCUAAUCAGUUGAUAUUAAUGAGGCCCUUUAAAGUCGAAGGCAGAUUGCAUAAAAUUAUACGAAAUUGCCAGCUAAAAAGUAAAACAACGACUAUAUAUAGAUAAAGUAAUAUAAAAUUGACCAUGUAUGCAAGAAAAAUGACCCUCAUAAGAUUAAAGUCAGAUCGAGCCGCACAAUAUUUAAUCAUAAGCUCCUUCGUUAAAUCAAAAAUGAGAUAAAUAUUGACUUAGAAAAAAUAAAGGAUUAAUAUAAUACUAACCCCAAAACCACUGCAAUAUUUGAUUCAACAAGCCAAAUAGACUUAAACUCAAUUAAAUUUGAAGACUAUUUGCAUAAAGAAGGUGAGAUAACAAAGAAACUCCUCAACUAAAGAGAACUUAAGGAAAAAUUGGAGUAGGAAAGAGUUAGGGCAAAUGAAUAGAAACGCUAGCAAGUAUUAUAAAGAACGUAAACUCAUAAAAAUAUAUUUAGCCCAAAGAGUAAAACUUCUUCAUCGCGUUAAACGCCUAUAAGAAGUGCUCCAUCUCCUAAGGAGUCAUUAUCAUCAGAUAAGAAAAAUAAAAGUACAGCGCAAGAUAAAGAAGUUAGUGUCGAGGACCUAGAGGUUAGAGAAUUCGAAAUUGCAGAGAGAGUUAGAUCUAGUUCACUUGCUAAUCAAUAUAGAAACUCAGCAAAUAACAUUUAGAAGUAUGUUAGUAAUUAAAAAAGUCCGAUAAAAAGAUUGAACAGACAAACCAGGCCUAAUUCUAUGGUUACUAAUGAAAUUAUAUUAGAGGAAUUAGCAGAUGAUGAUAUUAUGAACUCAAAAGAUAUUAGACCAAGAGACUCUGAAAAUUUCUAGUCUUUGAGUGUUCCAAUAUCUGAAUCAAAUAAAAAUAGAGAGGAGAGAUUUAAAAAUUUAAGAAUUUCUGUUAAUUCUUAACAAUAGCGUACACUUAAACCAGCUUAAUCUCAGUAAAGUAUAUCAACAAUCCCUGGAAGUAGCCUUUUUAAGAUAACAGUAAACAAACUAGAACAUUCAAGAAAUAGUUCAUUAAGCAGUGUCUCUAAUUCUCAGGUAACAAAUGAAAGUCCUAAGAAAGGUAGUCUAAUGGCAUCCAAUAACAUAACCCCUAGGACGAGAUUAAGAUCUGCUCAUUUGCGAAAUGAUAUCCUAACUAAUAAACCAAUAAAUAGAAAAUAACUAAGAAAAUUGAUAAAAGAGCAGUAGGAGAAAGCAAUGCAGUAAGUCUAUAAAAAAUACAGUGAUGUCUAGAAAAGCUAAGAAAACAGGCUGAAGUAAGCAUUAAUAGACAAUCCAAAAAAAUACAAAAAGCCUGAGCCGAAUUUCGUCAGAAUGAAAAUUGUUAACAAAGAAAAAAGAAAGUCAGCCAUUGAAAGGUCAAAACUUCUCCAAGACAAGUUGAAGGACUAAAACAUGACUCAAGAGCAAAGAGACGAGCUAAUGAAGGAGAAAAGCAAAUUACAAACUGAAAUUUUCCUCAAUUCCCCGAUGAAAAUUUACUCACAGAGCAAGCAUCUUAGAUCAGCUUCUAAUCUUGAAUUAGAUCUAAUGAGGACAAACUAUAUAAUCGAGAAGUGUAGAGAUAUGAGAGAUUAAAAGAGCGUUUAAAAUGUAGGACAAUAAGUGUAGAAAAUCAAAACUCUUCUUGAUGGUUCAAAAAAAUUAAGUGAUUGGAUUUAUGAUUACGAGUAAGUCAUUAAUUAAGCAAAAUAAUUUUAUAGACCUUGGAUUGAUAAAAAGUAAGAUGACAAGGGCCAAAUCUUUAAAAAUGCUAUUUAGGCAACAGCUGAAUGGACUGAGCAAAUGUAUGUGGCUGAUGAAAUGAUAUUAAAUUUUAUCAAUGAUGAAGUGAAGGAGAACGGAUCUAUGGAUAAGCAAAUCUUAUAGGAUGCAUUGAUGGUUAAAAUGUCUGGGAUAUUUAAUGCAAGCAAAAGAUAGAGAAGGUUGAGGACUUUGCAUGAAGGAAAAUUAUAGACAUAAAAUAUAAUCGAUAAAAUCAUUAUGUGA